UAAAUUUCUUGUUGCAAUCUGAGGUUGUUGCAAUGCUCAAAUACCUAGCACGGUUGGUAGGCGGACGGCGAUGGGUGCAACCCAGACGCGACUUUUCGGCUUGUAGCCAGAAGCUGUAUCGUGUUACGCCACGCAGACUCGCCGAGGGACCCCCCAAAAUCAGCCUGCGAUCUUAUCAGGAAGAGUGCAUACAGGCCGUUCUCUCUUCCCUGGAGAAUGGACAUAAACGUAUUGGUGUGUCACUGGCAACGGGCAGUGGAAAGACUGUCAUAUUUACACAACUUAUAGAUAGGGUGCCUCCUAUAUCAAAGGAUGCCACGCAAACAUUAAUUCUCGCCCAUAGACGGGAGCUUGUCGAGCAGGCUGCUCGGCACUGUACCAAUGCGUAUCCAGACAAGACUGUCGAAAUAGAAAUGGGCUCGACCCAUUCGUCUGGUCUUGCCGACAUCACAGUCGCUAGCGUGCAGAGCAUCAUCUCGGGUGAUCGUAUGGCCAAGUUUGAGGCCUCUCGAUUCAAGCUUGUCCUGGUCGAUGAGGCUCAUCACAUCGUGGCUCCUGGGUACCUCAAGACCCUUGCCCAUUUCGGCCUGGCUACCAAGCAGCAGACCUCUCCGCACCUGGUUGGAGUGUCUGCGACAUUUUCUAGGUUUGACGGCCUCAGGCUCGGCUCUGCCAUUGACGAAAUAGUCUACCACAAGGACUAUGUAGAUAUGAUUGGAGACAAGUGGCUCUCGGACGUCUCGUUCACGACGAUAGAAUCAUAUGCAGACAUAUCCAGAGCGAGGACGGGUGCCAACGCAGAUUUCUUACCGUCUGAGCUUUCACGCGCGGUCAACACGAACGAGGUGAACGAAAUCACAGUCAGAAGCUGGAUGGCAAAAGCCCAAGGUCGAAAGUCAACCCUUGUCUUUUGUGUAGACUUGGCUCACGUAAAAGGCUUGACACAAAAGUUUCGAGACUUUGGGAUAGACGCUCGAUUUGUCACGGGAGAAACGCACAAGGUGGAAAGGAGUGAGCGUCUAGAAGAGUUCAGGUCAGGGAAGUUUCCUGUGCUUGUCAACUGUGGCGUCUUCACCGAGGGAACCGACAUUCCCAACAUCGACUGCGUGGUGCUGGCUCGUCCCACAAAGUCAAGAAAUCUCCUCGUCCAGAUGAUUGGAAGAGGAAUGCGACUACAUCCUGGCAAGAAGAACUGUCAGAUAAUUGACAUGGUGUCAAGUCUGGAGACUGGCAUCGUCACUACUCCAACUUUGUUUGGCUUGGACCCUGGAGAGCUGGUGGACGACGCUACCGUUGAGGAGCUUCGUAAUCUGAAAGAACAAAGGGUCGCCGAGGAGACAAGCACAAGGAGAGAGAUUGACAUGGGUUCCUCCCACAUGAAACAGAAAAGCGGCAACAUAUCGUCAUUGGCUUUCACAGAAUAUGAGUCUAUGCUCGAUCUGAUAGCAGACACCUCAGGGGAGAAACACAUUCGUUCACUGAGCGAAUAUUGUUGGGUUCAAGUAGCAAAUGAUCGUUAUAUAUUAUCCGGACCCUCGGGGACUUUUCUCCGCAUCGAAAAGUUGGACACUGAGGAGGAAGAGGGAUCCCCCAAAUUUCGGGCCGUCGAGGUUCGGGCGCUUCCCGCCGGCGUGUCCAAAUCGCCAUUUGCAGCACCUCGCGAGCUCCUCAAGGCAACGACGCUUGCUGAUGCGGUACACGGCUGUGACAGAUACGCAUCUGAGAAUUUCCCUCACGUCUUCAUCUCAAGGAGGCAAAGAUGGCGCAAUGGUCCUGCUACGCCAGGUCAGAUCCGAUUUAUCAACAACCUUAGGGGAGAUAGCCAUGAACCGUUGACGGAGACCGACAUUAAAAAGGGGAAGGCGACCGACAUGAUCACGAAAAUCAAACAUGGUGCGCGGGGCCGGUUUGCCGAGAUAGAUGCAGAACGUCGCCGUCGGGAGAAACGGAUGUCAGAUUAUGAGCGCAAAUUGCGUGAAGUGGUUUCUGUUGGGCCGGUACCCAUAUGA